AUGGCUUCCAAACAGCAGGUAGCUCUUGUAGUCGGCGCGUCGCGGGGUACUGGCAGACAAGUUGCUAUUGAUCAGCGAAGAAUGGAUACACUGUCCACGAGCGACGCGUACGUAACGAAGCCCUUCCCCCCAGACCCCAAUUCGCAGCAAUCCACCAUCAGCACCGUCGAGCGCGAGAUCAAGGAAGCUGGUGGCCAAGCUACGGCCAUAGCUGUCGAUACAUGA